AAUUCCCCAGAAGAAAAGAUGAAAUCUGUAGCUUUUCCCGCUAAAAUCGCAAAUCUCAGCUUCCCUUCUGGCUGUAGCUCACUGUUUUUUUCGCCGGCAUUGCCUUACUCGAUAUCAUCACCUUGUCGGAAGCUGACAAAAGGAACAAGAGGUGUCGGAGGUUUGAUGUCUCAGUGUUUGUCAUCAUCGUCACAAUCAUUGUCCUCUUUAUCGAAUUCAUUCUCCUCUCAACCGGAAUCAGAGUUACUUCAAGCUUUACCCUCUUCGAAGCCAAAAUCUCCGCCACCGCAGCUGCCAUGGCUCAUUGUUGGUUUGGGUAAUCCCGGCAAGAAGUACCAGGGCACGCGCCACAACGUUGGUUUUGAGAUGGUGGACGCUUUGGCUAAUGCAGAAGGCAUCUCCAUGAACACUGUUAACUUCAAGGCCUUGUUUGGAAAAGGCGUUAUUGGAAAUAUACCGAUUAUGAUGGCUAAACCACAAACUUUCAUGAACCUAAGUGGUGAGUCUGUUGGACAAAUUGUUUCAUUUUACAAGAUCCCGCUAAAGCAAGUACUUGUGGUUUACGAUGAUUUAGAUUUGCCCUUUGGUAAACUGCGUUUAUUGCCAAAAGGUGGUCACGGAGGCCACAAUGGGAUGAGAAGCAUUAUAGAUCGCCUCAAAGGUAGCCGUGAUUUUCCUCGUCUAAGAAUAGGGAUCGGUCGGCCUCCAGGGAAGAUGGAUACAGCCAAUUUUGUUCUCCGCCAGUUCAAUAGACAAGAACAGGAAGAGUUGGAUUAUACAUUCCAAACCGGGAUAGAAGCAAUAAGGAUUCUUUUGCUUGAGGGGAUCAACAAAAGUGCAACCUUUGUCAACACUCGAAAAUCUAUGGAGCAACUCAGUUAGAAGAGACAUUGUUACAUCACAUAUAACAACUACAGAGUAUUCUUGCCGAUUAAUUAUUUCUGUUCCAUACAUAUUGUUGAAUCCUUUUUGAGCAAAUUGUACAUCAGAAAAAAAACCAGAUUAUGCGUUUCUCAUAAUCGCAUAUUCAGUAUUUGUUUUACUGAAAUUACACAUUUUUGUAAGCA